CGGUGAAUUUUAUGAGAUUCUUCAUUGAACAAACAAACAUAUUUGCGUUAUUUGCUGCAUAAUUUUGUAGACAGCAAGUGGCGUUGUAAACAAUUUUGCUGUGGUGACGUUGAAGAAUUCAAAAAUUUUAUUGCCAGUAUUUAUGAGAAAUUAACAGCUGUUAACUGCUUGCAGUGAGUGCAUAAAUACAAAGUGUGCUGGAAAACCGACGAAAAAAAUUGACAACACACAAAAAAUAGAGACUAACUAAAAAUAUUGAAACCACUUCAAGAUACAAAAAAAACGUAAAAAUGGGUUGUGCUACUACCACCGUAAAAAUAUCUUCGAUUCUCUUCAAUACGCUUUUGGCGCUUUUUGCCAUUGCCGCCAUUGUGUUGAUCGCCGUUUAUCCUGGGGCAGUGCCAGAUGACUGGGAUACAGCGGCCUUUAUCAUAUUUGGAUUGGUCAUUUUAUUCGCUAUCAUCGGUUGCGUGGCGGCGUUGCGUGAGUCUAUCUGCCUCACUGUGACAUGCGCUGUUUUCUUGUUGCUGCUAGCUAUUCUACAAAUCGCUGUCACCAUUAUCAUUCUUAAUGACCGUCAAACGCAAAGUGGCAUUGCCAUAGUGGAAGAUGCUUGGGAUCACGACAAGAUCGAGGCCUUGCAAGCGAAAUAUGAAUGUUGCGGCAAAGAUAGUUCACAAGAUUACAUUUUGCUGAAUCGUCAAAUACCGCUCAGCUGCUAUGAGGAUCAAACUGAGGAUGCCAAUAAAAUGUACACCGAAGGUUGCAGCGCCAAAUUGCAGCGAUACUAUGACAGUGAGACAGCGAGUAUUGCCACUGUCUCGUGGGUGGUUACGGCUCUUGAGAUACUCGGCUUCUUAUUAGCCGUCUUUUUAGUCAUCAAUUUCCGUAACAAACAACGUCGUAUGCAGUUCUAGAGCUGCAUUGUUGGCCGUGGUUCAGUACAAAUUUAUGCUUAACGUCUCGAAUAAUGUUGAAUGCUAUGCUGCGGAAAAAAAUACUCGUACUCUGUCUGCUUGAUGUAGUAGUUAUUCAUGGAAAAUGCCUUUUCAUUUGUGCAAUUAUUGUAAUUUAUUUGUUGUAUAUGUAUUUAUUAUGUCUAUUUGAUAUUUACUGAAGUCACCGAAGCGAAGCGUAAUCGAUUAAAGUCAAAGUGAGUUUAA